AUGGGGAUAUGGCAUCUCAAGACUCCCAAAGAUCCUAACAUUGGUAAUUCUCGUGCGAAGACGUUAUCUCGGGAUCAUACCAAUGGUCUCUGUAUGCUGAAACGUCCAGAUGGUACGUACACUGAGUCAACGGAGGAGACCUGCAAACUUCUUCUGGAUACUCACUUUCCCGGUUCAUUGACUUUCAGUGCAACUGCGACUUACACAUGGGUUCGCGCAAUAUCCAAUAGUAAUCGCCGGUUGGCAGGCAGGAUCUUUAGUAUAGAGCGGGUAAAAUGGGCGAUAUCUAAAUUUAGCCCAUAUAAAUCCCCAGGAACAGAUGGAAUUUUUCCAUGCUUUCUACAACAAGGAGGUGACAUUAUUGUCCCUCAACUAUCGAGAAUCUUCAAAUCAAGUUUAAUGGCUUGUCAUGUGCCAACGACUUGGCGUGAGGUUAAAGUUGUCUUUAUACCUAAGGCUGGCAGAAAAUCUGAACAACUGCCAAAGUCGUACAAACCAAUUAGUCUCAGCUCGUUUUUCCUGAGAACUAUGGAGAAACUACUCGAUAGUUAUGUAAGGGAUACCUAUCUUUUGAUUAAUACACCGUGUCCAGUUUGCCUAUCAACCUGGUAA